AUGCUCAAAGUAGAAAACAACAUGGACCACUGGGAGCAGCACUGGGACUCUGAAGCCAACAACGCUGGAAAAGAAUAUACCGGUCCCGAAAAAGAAGAAAAAGCAAGGAUCAAUCAUGAACUACUUGAGGAAUUCAACAAAUCGGUCCAGCGAAAAGACGACCGCUAUUACGUCAAAAUUCCAUUCAAGAAAACAUACGAAGACCUCCCAGAUAACCGCAUGUUAGCCUGGAAGCGACUGAAAAGCAUCUUACAAAAGUACAGUAAUCAGUCGGAUGUUCUUCAACAGUACGACGGUAUCUUCAAAGGACAACUCAAGAAAAGCUUUCUCGAAGAAGUUGACGAAGGCAAAGGCUCGUCCGCCGCCAAAAAACAUUACUUAGUUGCAUUGGGUGAAGACGUCUACAUCUUGACAUGCGAAUACAAACUAGAGGUACACCCGAGGGAGCUUGUUGCCAUCCCCAACUUGGAUGCAUCAAUCCACGAAGCUGAGGUGGUACGAGUUUCAGGUGGAUUAUGCCAAUACGGGGUUGUAGGGAAGAGGGUUGAGAGACGACCUGCGGUGAAAGCUAAGCUCGCCGUGGCAGGGCUGCUUAGUUUGGGGAAGAGUCUUUUUGCCACUCCAGCAUACUUACUGCCUCAGUACCCUGCACAUUGGGCUCUGCCGUCUCAGACAUCGGAGACCAAGUGCAGAAGGAGCGACGCACGACAGAUGAAUCACGGUACACUCGUCAUUCGUGGAGAAAAGGUUACGUCGCGAAAUGUAAGCGGUGUUGGUUUUGCUGUGCACCCAUUUGUUGUCCAUCUUGUCGAUUCUCACGAGAUCCUGUCACCUCGUCUGGCCAUUCUUCGCCUCCGCCGUCUGCGCCAAAAACCCAUCAGUAUCAACAACUGCUACUCACCAACAUCAGCAGCUGAUGAAUCCGAAUUGGACGCGUUUUACGAGGAGCUGGAGGAAGUGAUCAGCAACGAGAAGUCCUUCUACAAAUUCGUUGUCGGAGACUUCAACGCAAAACUAGGAAAGGCCACAGAAAAGGAAUACAGGAUCGGAAGAUUUGGACUGGGGGACCGGAGUGAAAAUGGCAAUCGUCUCGCCGGGCUGUUGUCCCCCACUCGCCUCUUUCGUGAGAACUCUCGUUUCAUGAAGAAAGAUAAUCGUCGUGGUUCUGAUCACGGUCUCCUUCGUGCGAAAAUACGACUUAGUCACACGAUGGAAAAGAGCAUCUGCUAUCAGCAGCGAAGGAGAAAAGAAGUCGUCUACGACGACUGCGUACCCGAGGACUCCGUGUUCUAA